CAUGAAAAAAGUCAACUUCCACGAUUUUACUUCCAAGGAGGCUCAACAGUUGCUGCACAACAAAUUUGUGGUUGUGAUAGGAGACUCCAGUAAGUACCGCAAUGACUUUCCCACGGAGCCGCCAGUCCCGAAGGCCAUCCGAGAAUACCGCCAGAACGUGGAGAGGCUCUUCCAAGCGUUGGACGAAGUCCUCCCUGCCAGCACGCUGGUCAUUUGGAAUACGGCCAUGGCCAUCACGAAGGACGCCCGUUGCUACAUCAUCGAGCAUGAGCGGUGUUUCGCCGGCGACACCCGGGUGGAAGUCAACAAGUCUUCCGGAAACGAUUACCGUUUGGUGCGCCAGUACCGCACCCGGCACCACCUCGUGCGCUUCUACUUCAUCACCCGCGCUUAUUCGUCCUACGUGGACAGCAUUUUGAGCGACUUCCGGGCGGCUGUAGAGGUGGACCUGGUGCCCGAUGUCGUCCUUGUCCAUUCCUGCCUCUGGGACCUCAACAGUUGGCAGUCCUGCAAGGUGUCGGCCGAGGACAUGAUCGAAGCCAAUUUCUACAGCAGCAUCCUGGCCCAGGGAUUCUGGUUCGACACCCUGGACCUCCACUACCAUUUCCGGUUCCUGCAGGACCUCCACGCGGUGGACGGCAUGCACUGGAAUGCCCGAGCCCACCGCUACCUGACCAAGCUCCUCCUCACCCACCUGGCCGACGCCUGGCAGGUGGAGCUGAAGAAGCAGCCGCUCCUGGGCAAGUGGGGGAGGAGGAGCUUGAUGUGUAAAAAUAUUUACUGCCACUUCAGCAACUAUCAGCAAUUGUUUUCUGCUUAA